AGUUGCUUAUUCACCAUCUUACUUAUCAAAUCGUAUGUCCCGAGGCAGACAUAUUCUAUUAGGUAAUUCAGCCUAUAGUGCUGAUCUUCUCUCUGAGGUGACUGUGCAUCCUUUUGUAGAAGUUACAUUUCAGAAAACAGUUUAUCAGACUAGUACAGCAGAUGGCUCUCAUCCAUGCUGGAAUGAAGAACUUCAAGUUGAUUUUAACUCUCCAGGACAUGAUUACACUUUUUCAGGCCUAUCUAAAAUAAAAGACAACAUAAAUAUUAACAUUUUUGAUGAAUUUUUGAUUGAAAAGCAUGAGGAUGCCUGCCCAAAUAGUUGCAGUGGUCAUUCUUACAUAAGAAAAAACUGGCUUGGAUCAAUUGUGUUUCCUUUCUCUGCUCUACUCGAACAAUCUAAGUUUGCAGAUCAUGAAGCAGAAACACUAUUGCAAAGAGCAUAUAUUUUUAAGCAAACGUGGAAAGCGGUGUUUCCAAAGAGAAGAAUAAUGACCUCGGUUUUUAACAGUCAGGGAAGGAAUAUUUUAGUAACUAAGUAUAUUACCUCUUUGAAUCCACCACAACUAUUGUUAGAUAUGUAUCCAGAAGAUCCUAAUUUAACUUCGGACCUUAUAUCACGAUUUGUAUCUUUAAUUCCUUGCAUAGCUGAUACAGUGGAUGAAAAUAAUGAUGUUGAUGUAUGGAUGACAUCAGAGCAUUGCAUCGAACUGGGUGUUGGUAAUAAAGAAGAACAUGCAGUACUUCUGUGCAAUUAUCUUCUGUAUAUUGGGAAAAAAGCAUGGGUAUUAUUGGGAACAUCUGUGUUAGAAGGGAAAGUAGCUUAUGUCGCAACACAAGAAAACGGAGAAUAUUUUCUGUGGAAUCCACUGAGUGGCAACUGCUAUAAGCAGUUUGAUGCAUUUUGUCCCCUACAGAGUGUUGAUUGCUUAAUCAGUUGGGAAAAUGUCUGGUUUAACACACAACAAAACAAUUCUCCAAUGUGCACCAAUUUUGACAUUUCAAAGGAAGGCCUUUGGAAACAAUUGCUUCCAUACAAUUUCCAGAAUUCAAAAGCACAAACGGUGCAGCCAGAAAAAAUGUUUUAUGUCUCUACUGAUGAAAGUUUGGUAGAUGAGUUACAAAAUAGAAUUGAAAGAACAUUAAAAAAUAAAAUAAUGGAAUGGCGAUCGCAUCUUCCAACUCGAUGGCAUCGACACUGUACUAGUGUUUUAAGACAAAUUCUUCCCAAGCUUGAGUUUAGAAAUGAACAUAUAACCAGAGAAAAAGAAGAAAGUUAUUUGGAGACUUUUCAAGAGCAUUACUGGGUUACAGGAUUUCCUUUACAGAUGCCAUACCGAGAUAUCCAGUCAAUAAUUGAGACUGUUUAUCAGACAGGAAUUCAUUCUUCAGAAAUUCCCUAUACAGAAUUUGCUCUUGCUGUGUAUAUUCAUCCUUAUCCAAAUAAGAUUUUAUCUGUUUGGAUCUACUUAGUAUCUUUGGUCUGUCAUCAGUAAGUAGUAGUAAGUAACUGACAAACUUCUUCAGGAAUUAUUCAAUGUAUCCAUGAGUUUGAUAUUAGCGAUCUCUGAAUUUUUGUUCUUGUACAUAAGAAACUAGUCAAAAACAUUGCCAGAAGAACCCA